AUGGUCAUAGCGAAAGCGUGGUCAGGUCGCAGAGACAUCUUCGUGGACGCAGUAAAGGCCACCAUUAUUGACCCAGAGAAUCACUUUGGUCUAGAGAAAACCCUAUCCAAAGAGGAUGUUUUAACGCUGAUUAAAGUUUGCGUAUCAAAGCUGCUCGACAAAAAAUCGCCGGCAUUGGACACGGUGAAGAUGCAAGUCUACCACGAUCUUAACUAUACGACGAGAAGCGAACUGCUUGAGGAACACAUCGUGGCGUUUGAGCUGCGUCUGCAACCGAUCGUACGCGAGGUGACGGACAGCCGGGCGCGUAACCGCGACGAGCUAGAGCUGCUCUACAGGAAGGUCGUGUCGUGCAUCCUGCUUCGCUCCGGCCUCGGAAGUCCCACCGAAAUCACCAUCGUCAGAGAGGCCACAGCUGCAUUGCAGAGCAUAUUUCCUCAGAAUGAGCUAGGAACAUUCCUAGCUUUGAAGAAACGUGAUAAGGAGACACAGCUGCAAGAGUUCACAAGAAUAGUGACAGGAAUACGUCUUUUCAACAGGGACUGUGGCAAGGGCGGUUUCGGGAUAGAUGAUUUACCAACCAUACUGAAGGAAGCGAUAUCGGCCACUCUGCAGAGCAUAGAGGAGAGCCGGAAGCAUGUGGUCGAGAAAGCCAACUGCUAUACGGCUAUUUUGGAGAAAUGCCAAAGCGAGAAUCCGAUAAAUGGUUGUGACACAGUCGAUUGCAAUCUCCUCACUGCAGCCAUGUACAAUGCAAGACAAUACGAAGCAUUCAUCACUUGCACUCAGGAAGACAUGGUCACCAGCAAGGAGCAGGUGGACAAAUUGCUGCAGCAUUACUCUAACGCCAUCCAGCAGUUGCACAAUACCGUGCAGGGUCGAUCGGCCGUGCCCACUGCUGCUGUUUACCCGUUGUUUAUAGAGCUGUCACAAGCUUGGACAGGCUUUCAGAAUGAGAUGGUCGUCAUGGGAGUGCUCACAAACAUCUACCAAAAUCUGUUGCAGUUUAUCGAGUGUCACGAGGACCUGAUACCACAAGAAGACAUUUCGCGGGUGUUGGAAGGGGAGGUUGUGCAUAGCAAUGAGGAGAGGAGGAAGCUGGCUUUAUCUAAGGGAAAGGUCGUCCCUCAUGACUUUCCCACCAUGGAUUUCGUCUUUCCCAACUCCGUUAACAACUUCGAACAAUUUGACAUUCAGUACAAGGGCUACUGCGGUUGGGCUUUGGUGAAAUUCGAGGGUUUGCUACUGCCUGGAAACCCUGACAUAGGUGUUCUAAACUACAACAACAACUUCUACACGUUUUGUUCUAAAGAGGCAGCUUACGAAUUCUCACAGGAUCCUCCAAUGUACAUUACACAUGUUGGAGACUUGGCUAGGAAGCAUCCAGAGUUGAUACAGUUGCUGGAGCUUCAUAGCCAGUUUGCAACAAUCACACCUAGAAUGCAGGUCAGGUCGCCCUCCAUUAACAAACCGGUCGCCAGGUCUGACGGUGGCACGCAGACGGACACGCACAUCCAGGAAGCAUACACUGACCCUCUCUACCAGUGGAACGAGUGGGAGCUGAGGCGUAAAGCAAUGAAACUGGCAAACCUGAGGACCAAGGUUACACAUUCGACACAGACGGUGCUCAGCCACAUGAAACGUGACAAUGCAACCCAGGUUUACUUGCCCAGAGAUGGCGCGUCUCAGACGAAGGAGGAUGCUGCGACCAGCGUGCCCUGCCCUCACACGUUCGUCGCCGGCCUGCGCGGGGGAGGCACCCACAAGUCGCAGCCCACAGUGAUGACCAAGGUGGACCUCACCCUAGAUAUCGAGCAGGUGCUCAGCUGAGAGGGGGAGGCAGAUGAGACGAUGCUCACUCCUGGCUAGAGCGAUUAAAGAUGUGCUGUAUAAGCUCUAGAGGGGACGCCAGGGUAGAAUGCUGCUAAACAGAAGAUUGUUUAGAGGUUGGUUGGCUCCUUGUUUAUGAAGACAGGCUACGAGAUUGCUGAUGAUAGAUUCACUUGACCAUCAUUGCAAUUAUGCUAUCUUAACAUGUUUUUGAAUUUAUAUUGGGGUGCUCGUGAGCCUGUCCAGAAAUGAUUGACGAAUAAACCUAUAUAUACCCUGAUAUAACAGUAACACAUGCAAUUACUGUGAGAAUUAUUAAUGAGUGGUUGACACAUGUCAAACAUUAACAUCACAAACUAUCACCACGCAUCAUCUAUUGUAUUACAAAUGUCUGUAAGAACAAAUAUCUGUUAUAACGUGAAAUUAUUUAUUGGUUAUAGUGUUGUCAAAGUACAUGCAGUAACUUUUAUUUUAAUAUAUUCAUCCCAUAAAUCUGA